AUGAACGGAGCGGUAAUUCCUGGUACACCAAUAGCAGUGGACUUUUGGAGAUUGAGGCAGUGUCCACACUCGAGGAUUUUCUUUCUUUCUCACAUGCAUGCAGACCAUACGGCUGGUCUUACUUCUUCUUGGAACACUCACACCAUUUACUGUUCAGAACUGACGAAGAAGCUUGUAACAGCAAAGCUUGGAGUUAAUAGCGACCUCGUGACUGGUUUACCUUUGGACGAACACAUCAUUAUAAACCUGGACGAGCAAGGCCAAGAAACUAUGUCCGUAACUUUGAUCGACGCAAACCAUUGCCCAGGUUCUGUUAUGUUUAUUUUCGAAGGUUACUUUGGGAAAAUCCUCUAUACCGGGGAUUUUCGUCACUGUGAACGCAUAGCAACACAUUCUGCCAUUAACAGAAGAGUAUUUGAUGUGCUGUAUCUUGACAAUACUUACUGUGAUCCCAAUUGUAUUUUUCCUUCUCGUACUGAAGCAACUAUCAAGAUCCUCGAGAUUAUUCGAAGACAUUCAGAGCACAAGGUGGUUAUGGGGCUUCAUAACCUAGGCAAAGAGAUGCUUCUCCACACCAUCGCUAAAGCGUUCCGAACGUGGAUUGGAGUGGAUCCUUCAAGAAUAGAAACUUUGGAACUAAUUGAAAUGCCGAAUGUAUUUACUUGUGAGAUUGACAAAGUCAGAAUUAGGGUUGUGAAAAAUAAUGAAAUAACUAGGAAGAACAUGCAGGCUUGGAACUCUGAAGAACCAACCAUUGCUAUUUUACCAACAUGCCUUUAUGUUGGUGGGAAAAACCCCUUUGCCAAUUUGGAUAAUGUUUUUGUAGUUCCAUACUCUGAUCAUUGUUCUUUUGAAGAGCUGCAAAAGUUUGUUCAGGUUGUCAGGCCGAGGAGAAUCAUUCCAAUUGUGCAUAAACACAGACUGUCACAAGGGGAAACUAUAAAUACUAGAGUGAACAUGCAUGUCUUCCAAUCUUUGCUGGAUUAUUCUCCAUUACAGAAGUACAGGAUCCCUCAUUCUGUAACAUGCUUCAUGAGUUCCAUAGCACAGCAGCCCAAGAAGACGAAGGCAAGAGGUCAGCUCUUCACAAGAAAGGCUGCUAAGAUCAAGAAACCUCAAGGGGUAGUCUUUCCUACCAGUCCUGGGAAAAAAGUAGAGAAAGAUGAAAAGUGUGGGUUAGACACAGGCAAUACAGAGUGUAGUCCUUCCAAAGAGGUCCCAAGAGAUCAGAGAAGUCCAGUCACAGCUGAAGACCUUCAAAAAGGGGGAAUGUCAGAUAAACCAGUACUCAGUAUAAGAGAAGAGACCACAGAAGAUGAAAAUAAAUUAGCCUCAUCAAUAGACAACAAAUCAAGCUUAUCUGACAAUGACAAGAUAGAAAGAUCAAACAAAAGUGCUCUCAAUUGUGAAGACACUAAUUCCAAGGAACAGAUGAUCACAGAAGAUGAGAUCAGUACUAUUGUUUCACCAAACAUAGAAUGUGGCAAAAUUGGCAGUGAACCACAAGGAAUGUCAGAAGUGGAUAUUGAUUACUUUGAUGUAAUCAUCCCUGCCAAUGAAGUCAAUCUAGUUGCCUCCUCCACCAUUGAACCUUUCAUGUCCGGUAGCAAACCAGAAGGAAACCUGCAUCUCACCGAUGUUUCCAAUGGAGAAGGUUUUCAGUGUGAAAGUAUGGUCCAGGAGACAAGUGGAAAUGAAAAUAGUUGGGUUGAUUUGUCAUCAGGCAGAAAAGACUUAACAGAAAGUCAAGUGCAAGAGGAACCCAAGGUUUUUUACAGUGUGGAUGUUAAUAGGGUUAAACACAUUACAUCUACUUCAGCCAACAAAACCAAGUGUUUGUUUGAUGAACAUUUGAGUUCCCCCAAGGGAAAUAUUUCCAACUGCAAGAUCAAAUGCAAGGAUGCGAAUGACAAUAAUGCAUUUACUUCAGCAAAGAAUCUUUCCUUGAAGAAUCACUCUCUGAAAAGGAAGUUUAAAGAUAUUGAUACUAACAGCUGUGAGAAGGUCAUCAAUGGAGUUGACAGUCAUAUAUCAAACAUGGAAAAAUUCAACAUUUAUACUGGAUACACUUGUGAUUUUGCAAGAAAGGUACUAGAAGAUUUGGUCAAAACUGUACCUUCAAAAGAUAAGUAACUGAAUGCCGAUUAGACAUUCAUUGGACAUGAUUACCCCAAUUCAUAUUAUGCAUCUAGUUGUGUUUAAAAUGUCGUUAAACUUAAUGAAGUAAAGAAGAAACUACACAGUCAUUACUCAACAUGGUUUACCUGUUAACCCUUUAAAGCCCACAGAUCUGAUGUUAAUUCUCCCCUAUAGCUGCAACACAUUUCCCUGUAACUAAGUUAUGAGAAUUUGGUGUUAGAUCAAGACAAAAACCUGUACUUGAUAAGUUUGAGAAUUCUCAUCAUAUCUUUGCUGGAUAUGGUAUGGAUAUUAUAGGGAGACGUAACAUGUUAAUCACUCCUGGGAGUUAAAGGGUUAACACCCCUGUGAUGAUCUCAACCCUUCUACUCCCAAGAUCUGUGCACAAACCUAUGUUAUUGUGUGUCACCCAGUCUUAACAAUGUUUGUUUUGAGAAUUUGGUUUUAAAUCUAGCUAUUCCCCUGUUUAUAUUGUGCACUAAGGGUGACUUGGUAUUGUGGCAGAAGUGAAUUUUCAAACCACAAUCCUGCACCCUAA